UCGACCACUGACGAGUCGAGGUAUCCAUUUUACACGAGUCGUGCAACAGGCAACAGCCUACCGAUUGCGCGGACACAACGUCACAUUUCCGUUCGUCGUAUAUUAAACAUUAAUAUUAAUUCUGCGUCGCGUAUUUUGGUUAUUCUACGAAUCAGUAAUUACACACAUUGCGUUUCGUUCUGAAGUAUUUUAUCCGUUUCUCGCUGUUGUUCUGUGACGAGCAUUAGGAGUAUACUGUUGAAAAAUGUCUGACAGAGAUUUCAGCAGUCCGGAACCUUUCGAGGACCUCGGGGGUGCCGAUGACACAUCGCCGGUACGUAAUUUUGAGGAUGAGGUGUUAAGCGAAGCUGACGUACUGAGUUUGAGUCAGUUUGAUGACCCGGAGGAAGAAGAUGGAGAAGAACUGUUUGGUGAUAACUUGGAACGGGAUUAUCGUCCGAUACCUGCGCUCGAUCGCUAUGACGGCGGCGAAUUGGACGAAGACGAUUAUGAUUCCAUGAGUCCGGGUGCAAGAGCUGCAGCCGAAAGAGAGUUACAAAGACGUGACAGAGAAGAAGGAACUGGCCGAAGAGAUGCUGAUGACAUACUUUAUGAUGAACAUGACGAUGAUGAGGCAUCAAGAAAAAAAAGACGAAUGGCUGAAAGAGCUGCUACUGGUUUCAUUGUUGAUGACGAUGAAGACGAAGAUAUGAUCGAAUCUAUUGAAAACUUACAAGACACUAAAGGACAUACAGUUUCUGAGUGGGUGGCUAUGUUAGGUCCAAAGACAGAAAUUGCAAACCGUUUCAAAAAUUUUUUGCGUAAUGAUGUCACUUCUAGUGGUGCUUAUCUGUACAAAGAUAAAAUCAGAAGGAUGUGUGAGAGUAAUUUAUGUAGCUUGGAAGUAGAAUUUACCAAUUUAGCCAACAAACAACAUACGCUGGCACUAUUUUUGCCAGAAGCACCUUUAGAAAUGAUAAGUAUAUUCAACGAUGUAGCCAAAGACUUAGUUAUAUCCAUGUAUCCUCAAUACGGCAGAGUCACCACUGAAAUAUUUGUAAGGAUUACAGAUUUACCACUUAUUGAAGAAAUUCGUACUUUCAAAAAAAUACAUUUGAAUCAGUUGGUUAGAACACGUGGUGUUGUAACGUCAACUACAGGUGUGUUUCCUCAACUUAGUAUUAUUAAAUACGAUUGUUCUAAAUGUGGUCAUGUUCUCGGGCCAUUUGUUCAAUCACAGAGUGAAGAAAUUAAGCCUGGUUCAUGUCCUGAAUGUCAAAGUACUGGUCCAUUUAUGGUUAACAUGGAACAAACUUUAUAUCGUAAUUACCAAAAAAUUACCAUUCAAGAAUCUCCAGGCAGUAUACCACCAGGCCGUAUACCACGUAGUAAAGAGUGUGUUCUUUUAGCCGAUCUGUGUGAUCAAUGUAAACCUGGUGAUGAAAUAGAUGUAACUGGAAUAUAUUCAAACAGUUAUGAAGGGUCCUUAAAUACAGGCAAUGGAUUUCCAGUAUUCGCUACUGUUAUUAUGGCAAAUUAUUUAAUUAUAAAAGACAAUAAACAUAUAGUUGAGUCUCUUACUGAUGAAGAUGUUUCACAAAUAUUGAAAUUAGCCAAAGAACAUAAAAUCGGUGAACGUAUUGCCGCAUCUAUUGCCCCAUCAAUUUAUGGACAUGAUUAUAUCAAAAAAAGUUUAGCAUUGGCAUUAUUUGGCGGGGAACCAAAAAAUCCAGGUGACAAACAUAAACUUCGUGGAGAUAUAAAUAUAUUGUUGUGUGGUGAUCCUGGAACAGCUAAAUCCCAAUUUUUAAAAUAUAUUGAAAAAAUAGCUCCACGUGCUGUUUUUACUACUGGGCAAGGUGCUUCUGCUGUUGGUCUUACAGCCUAUGUUAAACGUGAUCAUCAGACUAGGGAAUGGACGUUAGAAGCAGGAGCUUUAGUAUUGGCUGAUCAAGGUGUCUGUAUUAUUGAUGAAUUUGAUAAGAUGAAUGAUCAAGAUAGAACUUCAAUUCAUGAGGCUAUGGAACAACAAAGUAUUUCUAUAUCUAAAGCUGGUAUUGUAACCUCGUUACAAGCUAGAUGUUCUGUUAUGGCGGCAGCUAAUCCAAUUGGUGGACGCUAUGAUCCGGCUAUGACUUUUUCUGAAAAUGUUAAUUUAUCAGAACCUAUUAUGUCAAGGUUUGACAUUUUAUGUGUUGUUCGAGAUGAAGUCGAUCAGGUUAAAGACAAUCACCUUGCAACAUUUGUGGUACAGUCACACAUGCGUAACCAUCCACUGAGCAAAGAUAAAGAAUUUGAAUUGAGAAAUCCGUUUUCUACUACUGAUAUGGAACCAAUACCUCAAGAUUUGUUGAAAAAGUAUAUUGUCUAUUCUAAACAAAACAUUCAUCCAAAACUUCAUCGUAUGGACCAAGACAAAGUAGCUAAAAUGUAUAGUCAGCUGAGACAAGAGUCUAUGAUGACUGGAAGUUUGCCCAUUACAGUCCGACAUAUCGAAAGUAUGAUUCGUAUGGCAGAAGCUAAUGCUAAAAUGCAUUUAAGAGACUAUGUUCAAGAAGACGAUGUCAACAUGGCUAUUCGUAUAAUGUUAGAGUCAUUUAUCGAAACUCAAAAAUACAGUAUUAUGAAAACUAUGAGAAAAACAUUCCAAAAAUACUUAUCGUUCAAAAAAGAUACCACGGAGCUUUUAUACUUUAUAUUACAUCAAAUGGCGACUGAUCAGUUGGCUUACAUUAGAGGUAUACACGGUGUCACAGUUAACACAAUCGAAAUACACGAAAAAGAUUUUAAAGACAGAGUUAAACAGAUAGAUAUUCAUGACUUGAGACCAUUCUUUGAAAGUAAAUUGUUCAAAAAUAACAAUUUUGUGUAUGAUGAAAAGAGGCAUAUGGUUAUUCAAACCUUACUUCUCAGUGAAUAGACACUUUGUUAGUGUUUGUCCAUUGUUGGUAGGAAAUAAAUUGUUAAACUAAUUUAAUUAUACAAUUUUCAGUAUGAAUUAUUUUUAUUGUAAUAUUAUCCACAUUAUAUAUGUACCUGGUAUUAAGGUAUACAUGAACCAUUUAUUUUGUAUAAAGUUUUUUUUUAUUAUUAUAAAUGGUCAGAGAUCUAUAUGUUGUAUACCCAAAAUUGUGUUGUAUCAGCACUUGAGUGUCCAUGCUCAAAUUCUGGUCUAUUAGAAAUUCGUCAAAAUACCAGUUUCUUUUGACAAAUUUCUGGAUAGUGUAUGUAUAUUAUUUUGUAUUACAGAUGAUUUUUUUCAUAUUUAUGUACAUUGUACAUUUUAAAAGAUAAACCAUUUUUUAAAUGUUUUUAAGUAGUGAUUUUUUAUUUUUUUUUAGCAUUAUACCACUCAAAAUGUAUUGUAAAUAAAUAAUUCAAAAUAUAAAUAAAUUUUUAAUUGUAAUUUAAAUACA